ACAGGUCUACAGCAGCGCAUAUUAAGUCAGUCUUCCCUCUCAUUACUCAUCAUUUGUCUGUGAACUAGCAUGUUGGAACGGCCACCACUCUCCCAUCCCCUUCUCAAGAUGCAGAUUGGAACCUCAGCCUGUCUCCUUUUAUUAGUGCUGGUUCCUUCUGAAUGUUUUAACAUUGAUACAGGGAAGGCAUGGAGUUACAGAGGGAAAGAAAAGUCCCUAUUUGGACAAAAUGUAAUGCAAUAUAAAUAUGGUGCAGAAAAGGGAGUUUAUGUUUUUUCCCCGUUAAGGGAUCCUGAGAGGAGAACUUUUGAAGGGCUAUUUAAAUGUGAGCUAAAAGAUGAUGAUGAACAUCUGCAAUGUAAAAUGGAGAACAUUAAACUUGCAACAGGACAAGACCAAGUACAGACAGUUGCCCCAUAUCCAAUUAUUUCUCAAGCCAGAAAUUCAGACAGUUAUUUGACUUGUCAGCAGUUCAAGGGGCGGAAACAGAAAACCACAACAGGUGAACUGAAUGGAGUUUCUUUCCUGCUUACAAAUGAGAACGGCACUUUGAAGGAGCAGGUUUAUUCUAAUCUUGCAACAAGCGUGUUUGACUUUUUGGAGGAGAAAAAGAACAAGAACAAAGACAGCAACAAUAACAACAACAACGCUAAAUAUGGACCAUUACUCACUGAAGGUGUAUUUUUUACUGACAAAUUACUGGAAUCAAAGAAUGGCAAUAAAGAAGGCACAAACAGUAAUAACAAUAAUAAUGUAUAUGACAUUGAUGAAGAAGGUGGAACAGAGAUAGCUAUAGUUCUAGAUGGAUCUGGAAGCAUACAGAGUCAUGAUUUCUUGAAGGCAAAGGAGUUUAUAUAUAAUCUGAUCGAAAAGAUAUGGCAAAAAUGCUUUGAGUGUGAAUUUGCUGUUGUACAGUUUGGAAGUAUAAUACAAACAGAAUUUGACCUCCGGGACAGUCGUCAGGACAGCCUCUCUAUUCUACGCAAGGUUAAAGAAAUAAAUCAAGUUAAAAAUGUGACAAGAACAGCAUCUGCCCUUCUCCAUGUUCUAAACAAUAUCUUCAAUGAAAGUCAUGGAUCUAGAGAAAGUGCCAGCAAAAUAAUCUUGGUAUUGACGGAUGGAGAUAUAUUUGACGAUCCAGUGAACAUCACAACUGUCAUCAAUUCCCCAAAGAUGAAAACCAUUGAACGGUUUAUCAUUGGGGUUGGAGGUGUAUUUGACCGAAUGAAUGCCUAUAGAGAGCUAAAGCUUAUUGCUACUGAUGAAAAAGACCAUAUCAUAAGAGUAGAAGACUACUCCAAACUGGACGGGCUAAUCGCUUCCUUGCAGCAGAAGAUGGCUGGAAUUGAAGGUACUAAAGGUGAUUCAUUGGAAUUUGACUUGGCCGAAGUUGGAUUUUCGGCUCAUUUGAAGGAUAAGGAUACUUUGGUGCUGGGAGCAGUGGGUGCCUUUGAUUGGUCUGGGGGUUUGGUGGUGUUUUUCAAGGGUGUUGAACCACCUAAAGUGAGAUUUCUCAACGAGUCAUCUGAUCUUUCAAAGACAGUAGACUACAGCUACUUAGGAUACAGCGUGAGCACAGCUAAAAGAGGCUUGUCCUCUCUGUACAUAGCUGGAGCACCAAGACAUUCUGAUGUUGGGAAAGUCCUUGUCUUUGAAGAAGAUGUUAAACGUUAUCAUCUCUGGCAAACUCUGACAGGGGAACAGCUUGGAUCCUACUUUGGUCAUCAGCUUUGUGCCAUAGAUAUCGAUAAGGAUGGAAAUACAGAUUUUCUUCUGGUUGGGGCACCAUUUUACCACAUCAAGGGAGAAGAAGGACGAGUCUAUCUUUAUAAGCUCGGCGUGGAGAGGAACUUCUCACUUGUUGUAAAACUGGAACAACCAUACUAUUCCUUUGCAAGGUUUGGUUACUCCAUAGCUCAGAUUGGGGACAUCAAUCAUGAUGGAUUUCAAGAUAUUGCUAUAGGAGCACCUCUUGAGGGACAUUUUGAUGAUCCAGAUGCAUUUGGAAGUGUUUACAUUUAUAACAGUAUUGAAAAUGGCAUCCGCACAACACCAUCUCAGAGAAUUAGAGCAACAGUGUUCAAAACAAAGCUGCAGUUCUUUGGUCAAUCAAUAGAUGGAGGCCUGGAUAUAACUGGAGAUGGAUAUCCUGAUAUAGUUGUUGGGGCCUUAGGAAAUGUUAUGGUUCUACAGUCUUGUCCAGUAGUUAAAAUAAGGGCUAUUCUGAACUUUGAGCCUAAUAAAAUCCCUGUGACUCAAGUCAUCAAAAAUGUAACGGCAAUUCUGUGCUUUAUCGUGACACCUUUCAACCAGACAGAACUAAACAAAUCAUUUCUUGAUUACAAAAUGGAGCUGGAUGUCUUCAUGGAGCAGAAACGAAUUAUUCUCCACAAUCCAACCUCUAGCAGAAAAAAACUCUUCCUUGCAUAUGAAAACUGUACUUCAUUUUUGCUAACAGUACAGCCAUGUACUUAUGACUGUUUCAGUGAUAUUGUAAUUAAGGUGUCUUAUACUCUGAAUUCGGAUGUACGAAGAGAUCUCCCACCACCAGUGCUGGAUGGUUAUGAGCAAGAUUAUACCUACAUUCAGUUACCAUACGAAAAGGAUUGCAAUAACAAGUCAAUAUGCAUCCCAAACUUGUCGCUGACCACCCAGGUAUCUCGAAAGCAACUGGUGGUUGGAUAUACCAAAGAUGUGACUGCAACACUGUCCUUAACAAAUUCAGGCGAUCAUUCCUACGUGACAAAUGUGACACUAAUUUACCCAGAAAACCUACAUUUUACCUUGAUUAAACCGCCUAAAAAUCCAGGUGUCGAAUGUUUUGCUCCCAAAAUCACACCAUCAUCUAAUUCUACUAUGACCUGUGGAAUCAGACAUCCUGUGUUUGACGCUUCCACUGAGAUAUUUGCUAUCGUUUGGCAACUAACUGAAGAUAAAUUUUCUGCUCCGGAGGCCACUAUUUAUUAUGUGGUUGACAACUUUAACAACGUCUCAGCUCCACUGGUUCAGAAAACGGUGCUCCCAGUGAGGCAUUCCUUCAGCGCUGUCCUCUCGGUCCACCAGGCUGCAUUUUAUGUGACAAUGCCAUCUCCUCCUCCAGUGUAUGAAGAGAUCCAGUACACAUUUAAUGUGAACUCAGAAAAUCCAUUUGCUGCUGACCUGAGCCUAGAAGUGCAGGUCCCCAUUACUCUGAGAAGUGUUCCUAUUGCAGAAGUUCAGGAUUUACCUCAAUGUAAAAAUGACGCCCAAGCCCGCAGAUGUGGAAAUGAACUGACUAACGAGGAAACCAUGUGUAUUUUUAUCUGGUGCAAAGUCACAUCUAAAAGGGAAGAGAUAAAGAUAACAACGAGAUUACUUCUGCAAAAUCUAAAUGAGCUGUUAAAGGAAACACAAACCUUAAAUGUCACUGGAGAAAUUAUUUACGACCAAACUUUGUAUGUAAACCUGAAGGAGCCAGAUCACAAGGCACAGUUAUCCAUUAUGAUUCUUAAAAAUCAAGAGAUCCCUAUUCUUCCUGUGGUCAUUGGCAGUUCUGUAGGGGGAUUUUUGCUUCUGUUGAUUAUUGUUAUAAUUCUUGUAAAGUGUGGUUUCUUCAAAAGAAAAUAUAAAAAUUUGGACCAGAAUGAUAGAGUGGAAUGAUGAAGGGAAUAAUGAAGUUGAAAUGAAAUGUUCUACAAGAAGGACGACAUACUCAUGCUAAAUUAUUACCACUAGUCAUAAUAUGAAGCAAGCAUUAAUUUCAAUUCAAGCUAAUGAUCCAUGUUCUAUAGUAUGCCAGAUACUGCUAAUGAAAUGCACUGUGUUUUCCAUAUUCUGUAUAACAGGGAAGUCUAUAUAAAUACAGAAUUAUAAAUAAGUUCAGGGGGCCUAAUGGCGUACCUAGAAGGCAGCCAGUUCCUCAUCCCUUGCUUGAUAAAGGGGUUUUCUGGGACUUUGGGGGCUUAUCCUCAGAAUAGGCCAUCAAUAUCAGAACAGCGGGCAUCCUACACCCAUGACCGAUUAUAUGUUUUGAGCACCCACCAGCCCUUGAAACUGUACAAUGGACAGAAGAAUGGGAGUUGAACUGCAGUACCCUGGUAUGGCUACAGCACCAUGGAUGGAACCUUGUGCUUCCAGCUCCAUAUACUGUAUAGUUUUCUGUCCCGUUGGCAGUGCAAAACAGCUGAUCAGUGGGGGCCCCAGAUGUUAGAUCCUCACUGCUCUGAUAUUUACGAUUUAUCCUGAGGACCGCUCUUUUUUCCCUAACAACAUGGUUUACCCUUAUGAUUUAAGCACGAUUCUCAUGGGGUGUUCAGGUUUUUGGUGCACAGAUCCAUUUGUCAUCUGAAAAACACAUUGAGGAGUUUUCUUCAAACUAGUGAUAAGGUAUAGGGGGUGCUAUCAUUCAAGUAAACCACCUCUCAUUUUUAAAAAUCUCUUUAUCGAAUGAAAUCUGCAGCUUGGUUGCAAUGAGAAAUUGAAGGGGUUGUCUGGGUGUUUAAUACUGAAGAUGUAUCCUCAGGAUAGGUCAUCAAUAUCAGAUCGGUGAGAGUCCAACACCCGACACCCCCUUCUGAUCAGCCGUUUAAGGAGGCCACAAUGCUCUGGUGAGCACAGUGACCUCGCAGUUUACCAAGAACAGUGCCAUCCAUUGGAUAGCAGCUGUGCUUGGUAUUGCAGCUCAGCCCCAUUCACUUGAAUGGGUCUGAGUUGUGUCUAGGCCACAUGACUGAUAAGUGUGGAAGCAACCUCUUCAAAUAGCUGAUUGGCAGGGUUCUGGGGCUCAACGAUCAGAUAUUGAUAGGCCAUCAUUAUGAAAUUUUUGGACAAGACUUUUAAUCAACUUUUCCUUUGCACUCGCUUUGAGAUCAUCUAUACUCAUGUGAUGAAAACCCUGUUUCUUUCUGUGCCAAGCAGCACCCACAAGUUGAGUGGUCAUCUUAAAGAUGAGUUUGUUUGGAGUGCACCUGCCCUAUGAGACACAGAAAAUUGUUAGAUAGUGUCACCCCAGCCUUUGCUUGCACAGAAAAUAGUUCCUCAAACACAGCCCCAGCAAAUUCCAUUAACAAACAGCACUCCCCUCCGUGAAAUUUCCUUCUCCGUUGUCUAGAAAGAGAUACCACUAUAUAUUUGUGUGAAUUGAGAACCAGUCAAAAACAAAUGAAAGGUGUCCGGGCCACGUCACCUGCUUCUCUAUCAAUAUGCUGGCAUUGAAUACAGGAGAAGGUGGACCAGAAUUUUGACCACAGGAGAAACAGCAGGGGGCGCUACCAGAGAGGAAAAUGUAAUGCAUGUGAAAAACCCAAUUUUUUUUUAUUGCAUUUAUAUUGCAGUAAUACUUCAUUUGCAAAGCUCUUUUCCUUGCAUAGUAACACUCUUCAUGGGAUAACCCCUUUAGAUGGAGUUCUUUAUAGAUCCUAUUACACAAAUCAAUUAAUUAGUAAAGCCUUGCAAGAUUACAAGAAUACUAAAAUAAGAAAAUAUCCAAGCUUCUUCAAAUUGUAUAUGUACCUGUAGUUUGUAUCUGCAUGCAUAUAGCUCUGCUAAUAGAGACCCCAACAAAUUAAUGGCUCUAAUAUCCCUUUAAAGGGUUUGUUUCACCUCCUUUCUUCUGUGCAGCAGGCCCAGAUUUCUGCUGUUCUAUGGGGCUGGUGCCUGUGAACAUGACUGGCACCACAGGCCAGCAGCGCUGAGAAGCUGUAGUUCCCUAUGUGACUGUGAGUGCACGCUGCCGCACUGUGAGAGAUCCAUAGGACAUACGGGGACAGGAGCAUGGCAUGAAAGACUAUGCGCGCGCGCUCUCGCUAUUUCUUUUCAGAGUGCAACCGUGGCCACCACUGGUGCAUUCCAGCGGUGGCCGUAACCCCUAGAGAUGAGCAGUGUAUAAAGACAAGGAAAAUUAUGAGAAGAAAGAUCAGGCAGCAUUAUUGUAACAUAAAGCAUAUUAGUAAGUUACUUAUAUUAGGUUGGUACACAUCAUAAAUGUCACUUAAUGUGAUGAGACAAACCUUUUAAGGAAUUAUUUAAAGGGGUUUCCUACUACAAACUUUUCUGGUAGAUAUUGAUUGCCUAGGCUAGAGGGGUUCCAUUGCACCCUUGCAUUUCAAGGCUCCCUUUGUAAUAUUAGCUUACUACAAGUAUGAAAGUUCGUAUGCUUAUGUAGACUCACCAAAGGUUUCUAACAGUUUCUUAGAUCUCUGCUCUGUGCUGUUAAUUUAUUAUUGCUCCUGGAAAUGGAUUGACAAGUGGUCGUUUAUUGAGGUGUCCCUACACACUCCCACCUUGUCCAAUCUCUGCUGACAGUGUCAGACUCAUAGCAUAUUUCUCAAUAAAAGACAGUCCA